UUCUGAAAUCUUAAUUUACUGAAUUAUCUAUAGAAAUGCUAUUGCGUUAAAACUUUCCACACCUACAAAGACACAAAGCUUCAAUUUGACACGCUCUUGGACGUCUUCCGCCACAAUGUACGUGAUGCUUCGCAAGACGAAAGAGUCGGUAUUGGGACUUCUGCGGCGUCCGUGUAGCGGCAAGCAUCUUGUUGCUCUAAUAGGGGCGGCUGCACUUCUCAUUUGGCUCGUGUUUUUGGUGGCUGGAGAUUAUCCAACAUUGAGGUAUAGAUCAGAACCUAAUGUACUGUACUUGGAGGAAGUUCCUGAUGAUGACGAAAAUGGGACCAGGGGGAUCGAUGGUCUAGAUAAGCCGGAACUUAAGAUCAAUCCAAAAACAAAAUUAGAUGUGGAUGCCGAUAGAGAAAAUAACGACGCUGACUACAACUGGAGGAACCUUACCCCAGCCGAGAUCAGUCGUUUGUCAGUACUCGGUCGGCGCAUGUUCUUGAACGAAAAUAUUGGCGCUAAACAAGAUAGAAUUUUCACGAUCCAUAUCUGGAAUCAUAAAAAAUUUUCAGGUGAACUUGAUGAACGAUUUUUCAAAACAGGCUCUUCUAAGAAAUUUGAUCCAUUUGAAGAUUGUUCUGUGAAUAACUGCAAAGUAACAUCACCAGAUGGUGACAUCAUGGCGGCCGACAUCGUGCUUUUCCACAUGCACCUUAUCCCAGGUCCCCCAGUUAACGUACCAAGAGCCCCCGGACAGCUCUGGGCGUGGUUGGCUGACGAAAGUCCCUAUCACGUAAUGAUGGUGUCGAGUGACCGCAACCUAAGCCAUUUCAACGGGUUUUUCAACUGGUCGAUGACCUACCGAAUGGACUCAAGUGUGCCAACACCAUACGGACGAACUGUUGCCCUGCCUAAAGAAAAGUAUGUAGAGGCAAUAGAAGAUUUUUAUAAAUUGAAGACGAAAAAUGUAUCCUUGAUGGGCUCUAAUUGCGGAGGCAGUAACGGACGGUACAAGUACUUGGCCGAAUUGCAGAAAUACAUCGAGAUUGACGUGUACGGCGGGUGUGGGCCGCUCAAAUGCGAGGGACAUUUUUACACAAACUGCGACAAGUUGGACGAUUAUAAGUUCUACUUGGCGUUCGAAAACUCAAACUGCGACGACUACGUGACAGAGAAGGUUUGGUGGAACGCAUUGAACAAGUCUGCUGUACCUGUGGUGAUGGGGGCGCCUAAGCACAAUUAUCAGAAGCUGCUGCCCCCGAACUCUUUUAUUCACGUCGAUGACUUCAAAGGCCCCGAACACCUGGCACAACACCUACAGUACCUUUUAGACCAUCCUGCCGAGUACCAGAAGUACCACUUCUGGAGGAGACGGUACCGGGUACUCAACGAGCACGGGUUCUUCCAGUCUCCCGUGUACCACAUGUGCAGACUCUGCGAGGCUCUCAACUACAACGAUAAGACUGACCAGCGAGCCGACUUGGAGCAUUUCUUCGACAGCAGCGAGCACUGUUACGCUGUAAAGAAAAGAGAUUAAAUAAUAUUUGGAGCCAUCCUUCGACAGUAACGAGCACUGUUACGCUGUGCAGAAAAGUGAUUAAAACUCCAACAUUGAGAGUAAUCUCUUUCGUGCUUAGUCGUUUUUCGGGAAUAAUAAUAUUUAAACCGUGUUUCAUUGUAUAUAUUAAUUGUUGGAUAAAACUGCGUCCCAUGCUCGGUUUCUU